GCGAGGCCAAUGUGGAUUCAGUGGAACGGCUCGAGAGCGAGGCGGCGGACGCGCGUGACCAGUUUCUGAGGGGAAACUUCAACACCGGCGUCGUUGGAAACCGAGCGCGCGCUGAGCAGGAAGGAAGGAAGGAAAGAAAGAAAGCGCAACAGUUCCUCAAAAACUACAAUGAAGUCGCGAAACAAGGGUACGGAUACCUGAGAUUUGUGUGGAAAAAGCACUAAGUUUGUGAAUAACGUUCCGAGAGGAAGAGGAGGAGGGGGUCGACUACUCUUCAUCUUCAACCGGGGACAUACCUAGUUACUGAAACUGAUUUUCAUCGGAUUCGCGUUUUUAAAGAUGGCGGUUUGGAGCCAGACGGUGGUGCGCACACUCACAGCGUUUCUCCUGCUCCUCGGCUCGAGUUCUGGUCAGUACCACGGUGAGAAGGGGAUCUCGGUUCCAGAGCACGGUUUCUGCCAGCCGAUCUCUAUUCCUCUGUGCACGGACAUACAGUACAACCAGACCAUCAUGCCGAACCUCUUGGGUCACACAAACCAAGAGGACGCUGGUUUGGAGGUGCACCAGUUCUACCCGCUGGUUAAAGUGCAGUGCUCUCCGGAUCUUAAGUUUUUCCUGUGCUCCAUGUACGCGCCUGUGUGCACCGUGCUGGAGCAGGCCAUUCCUCCGUGCCGCACUCUCUGUGAGCGGGCGCGACAAGGCUGCGAAGCGCUCAUGAACAAGUUUGGCUUCCAGUGGCCCGAGCGACUGAGGUGCGAGAACUUUCCGGUGCACGGAGCGGGAGAGAUCUGCGUCGGACAGAACACUUCGGACCCCAGUAAGCCGACGUCCGAACCACCGCCAAAUGUUGAGGAGAAUUACACGCCACGCAUCCCUGAUAGGUCGGAUCACCCUUUCUCGUGCCCUCUUCAGCUUAGUGUGCCUUCCUACCUCAAUUAUAAAUUUUUGGGAGCCAAAGAUUGCGGUGCACCGUGCGAACACGAUCAGCCGCACGGACUUAUGUACUUUAAAGAGGAAGAGGUGAAGUUUGGGCGCCUUUGGGUUGGGAUUUGGUCCAUACUGUGUUGCGUGAGUACUCUUUUUACAGUGCUCACGUACCUUGUAGACAUGCGGCGCUUCCGUUACCCAGAGCGUCCUAUCAUCUUCCUGUCUGGCUGCUACUUCAUGGUGGCCGUGGCCUACGUCACUGGGUUCCUCCUAGAGGACCAGGUGGUGUGUAUUGGAAAAUUCGGGGACAGUGGCUACAAAACAGUGGCGCAGGGAACCAAAAAAGAGGGAUGCACAAUCCUAUUCAUGAUCCUCUACUUCUUUGGAAUGGCCAGCUCUAUUUGGUGGGUGAUCUUGUCUCUGACCUGGUUCCUGUCUGCUGGCAUGAAAUGGGGACAUGAAGCCAUCGAGGCCAACUCACAAUACUUCCACUUGGCAGCGUGGGCGGUACCUGCCGUGAAAACCAUCACGGUGCUGGCGCUUGGCCAAGUCGACGGUGAUCUACUGACUGGUGUUUGUUUUGUAGGCAUCUACGACGUGGCCGCUCUGCGUGGCUUUGUUCUUGCUCCUCUUUUCAUCUACCUCUUCAUCGGGACGUCAUUCUUGCUGGCCGGAUUUGUGUCCCUCUUCCGCAUCCGCACCAUCAUGAAGCACGACGGCACCAAGACCGAGAAGCUGGAGAAGCUCAUGGUGCGCAUCGGCGUCUUCAGCGUGCUCUACACCGUCCCGGCGACCAUUGUCAUUGCGUGCUACUUUUACGAACAGGCCUUCCGCGAGCAAUGGGAGAAGACGUGGCACAUGCAGACAUGCAAGCGCUUUGCCGUGCCUUGCCCGAACAGUGAUUUCGCGCCCAUGUCCCCGGAUUUCACCGUUUUUAUGAUCAAGUACCUCAUGACCAUGAUUGUAGGGAUCACAUCCGGAUUCUGGAUCUGGUCUGGGAAGACGCUGCAGUCGUGGCGCAGGUUCUACAAGCGUCUCGGAAGCGGGCAGGGCGAGACGACUGUGUGAAUUUAAAGACUGGCUGGCAGACAGACGGACGACGUGUCUCAGAACUGCAGCAUGGAUUUAAAAAAAAAAAAAAAAAGACCUCAGAAUUGUAUGACGUAAGAUGCCUACAGGAGGAUUUUGCUCAGAUAAUCCACCCACACCAAAAAUAUCACCUUGUGACACUUAAAUACUUGAACUUUUGGCCCUGACUGUCUACACUUUUUUUCUACAGCUUUUGCUUGACUUUUUAAAGGCUUUUUUUUUUUUAAGAAAAAGUUCUGUGCCUUUGUUUAAAAAAACAAAACAAAAAAAACCCCACAAGCUUUUUGACAUUGUAAUGGCGAGAGGAUCGUCUCCGCAGUGGCCAAAAUUUUAUAUUUUAAUCUUUUGUCUUAUAUAUUUUUUGUCUAAACCCUGUAUGUUUAUUUCAUCUUUUUUUUGGCACAGCUAGUGCUGGAUUUAAGUAAUGUUCUUUAGAACUAGAUACAUUCAUUUCUUUCAACUGUAAGACUUCAUGAGUUUUAUAGUUUAGUGAAGAAUUCGAAAUGUUAACAGGAGAAAGACAAAUCCUGUUUUUUUUUAAACGUGAUAUUACUGUUUAAAAGACAUUACCUGUAUUUAUUGAAAGUAAUCUCAUUUUUAAGUCCAUACUCUCCUUGCAGCAGUUUCACUUAAUAAAGUGAGUAGAUUUGUAGAAAUA